AUGUAUCCACCUUAUUCGCAUUAUACGGGUGGGCCUCAUUGUAGCACGGGCUACGAGUAUCACACAUCAUCUACGACACCUCCACCGCCUGGCUAUGGAUACUAUUCUCCACGAUACUACACGACAUCUCCACCAAAAACCUCGGCGCAUAAACAUACUCGACGAGCAACACAGGACUACUCUUACCCUUCGGCAAAGACGACAUACUACUCGUACGCAGAACCGUACGAAUACUCCGGAUAUGCACGCAAACCUGAACAUGUAAGUUCAAGUGAUCGGUACCCACGGCAAGGCAAACCACAGUCUGGCGCAAGACGCGCAUCGACGACGUAUGUCUAUGCAGAUGGCCGCUACUACGCCUAUGUGACGGAAGACGAGAUUCCACCGGCAUACUCGCGCGACCCACGCAAGCACACGCCGCCGCCGCAAUACUCCGAGGCUGAUGAACACCCUUACUAUCAGUCCACACCUCAGCCUCGACCAGAGCCACAAGCAAGAAAACAAAGAGCCGCCUCAUACUCGACACCACGACAAUCAGCACCACCUCGCGAACAAGCCCCGCCAAAACCUCGUCAACAGCAACAUCAACAGCAACAUCAACAACAAUCACAAAAGACACCACCGAAGCGCGCCACUGCUACCGAUCGCGACGCACGAGCAGCAGGGAUCCCAGCAGGCUACAACUUCAAAAACUGGGAUCCAAACGAAGAGCCGAUCCUCCUCCUCGGCAGCGUCUUCGACGCCAACAGUCUCGGAAAAUGGAUCUAUGACUGGACCGUCGCCUUCCACGGUCCCUCGACACCAAUCACAGAAAUGGCCGGUGACCUCUGGCUCUCCCUAAUUCAACUCGCUGGCAAAAUCAAGCGUGCCGAGGAAUGCUUGCCUCGUGUGCGUCACCGUGAUGACCGUGAGAUGAUUGACGACUUCUUGGAUUCUGGAGAGAGGCUUUGGGAGAGGUUUAACAAGUUGUUGAAAGUGUGUGAGAAGCAUAUGCUCAAGACUGCGAAAAGAGAUCGUGGCAGUGACAAGUUGUACAUGGGUAACAACUCGGGAAGAGAGUUUGUGGAGACUAUUUUUGGCAGGGAUAGAGAGUUGGAGAGGACUGAGAAGUUGACGACGGGGAUUAGGCUUUGGGGUAUGAGAUUUGAUGCCAAUUGUGAGGAUGUCUUGCGUUCUUCGAGAUGA